AGGAUUAAGUGUUGUCUACCACAUGGGGUCCUCAUUUUCAAAACAAACAAAAUGGCGGCUUACGUGAGAUGGGGUCUUCAGCAGUUGGUACGAGCAAGAAAUGGGGCUCACUUUAGGUUUCAAGACAGGACCGGAAGCACGGCCCAGAGCUUUAGAGGAGUUCAGCCUCACCUCGGAACAAGAACCAUACAUUUCCCAAUAAGACAGCUGUCCAUCCAGACUCAAGACACUCCAAACCCCAGAAGCUUAAAAUUUCUCCCUGGCAAACCUGUCCUAGGAAGUGGGACACUUGAUUUUCCCUCUUCAAGCUCAGCAGAAUGUUCAUCUCUAGCUAGGGCCCUCUUUGAAAUCGAAGGAGUAAAAAGUGUGUUCUUUGGUCCUGACUUCAUAACAGUCACUAAAAUAGAUGAGGAUGUGGCAUGGACAGACAUUAAGCAUCAUGCUUCGGAGGCCAUUGCUAAGUUUUUUGAGAGUGGUGGCCCGAUAACAACAGGGGUGGUGCACAAUGAAAGCAGCAUCUCUGAAGACGAUGAUGAUAUUGUAUCCAUGAUAAAGGAACUUCUGGACACUAGAAUAAGACCUACGGUGCAGGAAGAUGGAGGGGAUAUCAUCUUUAAGGGAUUUGAGAAUGGCACAGUCAAGCUGAAGCUGGUUGGUUCCUGCACAGGAUGUCCAAGCUCUACAGUCACCCUGAAGAAUGGUGUUCAGAAUAUGCUGCAGUUUUAUAUCCCAGAAGUAGACAAGGUGGAACAGGUGGAAGAUGAAGUGGAUGAAGUUAAUGCAAAGGUUUUCUCAGAACUAGAACACAAAUUACAAGAAUAAAAAGUUCCUCAAAGAACACACUUAUUAGCUUUGUUAAAAGAAAACCAUGUUUCACUGUGUAAAAAAAACAAUGCAUUACUUUCACUUAUUAUCAUUGUAUAACAUAAGAAUGAAGAGAGAAAAUUAAUUCCUGAUUUUUUGUGUGCAUCCUCUAUACUGUUAAGAGUUCAGCCACUAAUUUGUGUACAUACUGUAUACUCCUGUUACAAAGGAAAGAAGAUGCACAGUAUAUGUGUAUACAGAGGAGGCAGUUGUUUUUCAGUAAAAGAAAUUGUUCUGCUGUAAUGACUGUAAAUGUAUUUAUUUAUGACACUGUAUAUUUUGACAAUAUUUUUUUACAAUGGAGAUAUUGUGAAAGUUUAUGAAUAUGUUCAUGUUCAUUGAAAAAUUGAUAAGGUCCAGUUGCCACUUAAUACCAUAUGAAACAGAACUGUUUUGUUUGUUAAUCCAUCCUCAAAAAAUUAAAUAAAAUGUUACUGAGGUUACAGUUGCUCUUCAAGCUAAAGUAGGUUUACGGUGUAAGAUACCAAAUGAUCUGUUUAGUGUAUUUUGUGCUUUGUGUUCUAUUCUCAAGAUUUACUGUUUGCACAUUAAAGUUCACAGUUUGA